AUGGACAAUAUUAGUUUUCUAAACAACAACGGUGGUCCGAUUGAAAUACUCAUCAAAAGAGAAACAUGCAGUGGUGAUGCUGACGAAGCGCUCAAGACUAUGGAGAAACGAAAACCUAACUUCAUGCGAUUCGGCAGAAGUGUGUCGUUUGGAAAGAAAGGUUCCGAUCCAAAUUUCCUCCGAUUCGGCCGAAACCAACCGAAUUUCCUGAGAUUCGGCAAAGCCGCC